AUGUGUGAUCGUCAUUUAUUUAUUAUUAUAAUACCGAAUGAUUGGACAGUUAUUGUUAAUCAUGAUGAUAAUAAAUCGAAGAAACAUAGUUAUUCAAAUGAACUAAUGGAUGAUAAAACAUCUCAAAUCAAUCGUGUUACGUCUGAAAUCGUUGAAUCUAUACCAACAGUUUCAUCUUCUCUAUGUCAGCUUCUUCAACAUACUAUUCUUGAUAAAUAUGGUUUAAAUGAAUAUUCAACAUGGAUUCUUUCGGCUAAUCAAAAACAAUAUGAAGUAACAUUUAUUACGGAAAUUGGUACAUUUUGUGAAGAACUUCUUCAUGGCUUAUCUGACAUAGGCAUUGGUCGAUUACCGGGUAGUCGAGUAGCUGUUUUACCUCUUACAUAUACAAUUAAUUAUUCAAAAUUAACAUCAUGCCAAACUCCAACAUUAUGUAGAACAUUAGUAAAAUCAAAAGUUCCUAGAAUUGAUUCUAAAGUUGAAUUAUCUCAUGUACUUCCUCAUCGACAAUCCCAACGACGUACAUCUAUUCGAACAGAUUUUAUACAAAGUAUUAGAUCACGUCUAAUGGUUUUUCAAGUUGUUCAAGCUAUUCGUGCACAAUCGUCAAUAACAUUCGAUUUCGUUGUUCUUGUUAUAAUUGCUAGUAUAUUAGCUACUCUGGGUUUACUUGAAAAUAGUUCUGUUAUACUUGUUGCUUCUAUGCUUAUUUCACCAUUAAUGGGUCCUAUUUUAGCUAUUGUCUUUGGACUUUGUAUUCAUGAUCGUUCAUUAUGGCGAACAGGUCUUCGAUCAGAAUUUCUUGGUCUUUUCAUUUGUGUUUCAUGUGGUUUUUUAAUAAGUUUAGGAACAUCUGUAUGGGAAACUAAAUGGGGUAGUACAACAUCAUUUCCAACAGCUGAAAUGAAAGCACGUGGUGAUCUAACACGAUUAUCAAUUGGUAGUAUGAUUGCAUUACCUUCAGGAGCUGGUGUUGCACUAUCAGUUCUAGGAGGAAAUGCUGGUUCAUUAGUUGGUGUAGCUAUAUCAGCAUCAUUACUUCCGCCAGCUGUUAAUUCAGGUUUUCUAUUAGCUUAUUCAUUAUUAACAGUAGUUUUACCAAAUACAUUUGGUCGUUGUUCAAAUGAAACUUAUAUUUUUGAACGUAAAAUUUAUCCAUAUAAUAAAAUGUUAUGUCAAAUAUUUUUAUCAAAUGAAUAUCGUUCAUUAUAUUCAUGUAAUAUGUCAAUUGAAACAUUUAUUUUAGCUAUAUCAAGUUUUCUUCUUACACUUGUUAAUAUACUAUGUAUAGUUUUAUGUGGAUUAAUAGUCUUAAAAAUAAAAGAAGUUACACCAAGUAAUUCUAAAAAUGAAAAACAACAAUCUAAUACAGAUCGAUUUUUUCAUAAUGAUAUACGUCGAUUUCGUGAUUAUCAAAAAGCAAUUCAUAAUACACAAGAAUUUAUUGAUGAGAAUAAAACUGAAUUUUCAACAUCAUAUCAUACUGAUGAUAGUACAAAACGUGAAUUACAUAAACAAUUACUUGCACUUGCUUCAUUACAUGAUUUAGAUAUGACUAAUCAAAAUGAUUUAACUUUAAAUAAUAUUGAAGCACGAGAUAAAGUUAAACAACUUUUUAAAACAAUGAUAGACUUUGAUGAAGAUGCUAAAUGUCUUGAUAUUGGACUCAAAAAUAAACAACCUUUAUCGAUUUUGAUGAUGGAUGUCUUACCACCUAAAUGGACUGAAAUCUUUCAACAUCAACAAGUUCAUAACGAAAAUAUUCAAUCUCAUAGAUCACAUCAUUGUCAUAGACCAAUACAUUAUAACACUUAUCAAGCAUGUACAAUUCAUGAUCGCCAUCAUCAUCAUCAUCAUUCGAUACCAAAUAGUCAUUGUAAAUUUUGUGAACAUUUAUAUUCAUCAAAUCCUUCUAUUAUAAAUACAACGUCAUCUACAAAUAAAGAGUAUGAAACACACUUAGAUGGUACACGUUUUCGUCUUACGAAAGCUACAAUUCCAAUGAAUGAUGAACAACAUCCAGAAUUAAAUAGUCAGAUGAACCUAUAA